GGAUCUCCCUGGAGCCCUGGGCUUCUCGGGUCUCCCGUGACUAGGGCUGUAUUUUUCAGGACCACCACGACGGAAGUAGUGGAUAGGCUUUGGGUGUUCCGGUACCGCUAAUGCGGGAAGUCUGAUCUUUCUGGUCAGAGGAAGAAAUCUCUAGUUGGCUUCAGUCUCCACGGGAGGAAGCCUGAAGAAGAAUGGCCCCCUCCAAUUCUCAACACAUGGUCUGUGAGCCAGUGACAUUUAGGGAUGUGGCUGUUGACUUCUCUCAGGAGGAGUGGGCCUGCCUGGAUGCUACUCAGAAGAUCUUAUACAGGGACAUAAUGUUGGAGACCUACAGCAACCUCGUCACAGUGGUGGGAAGUUGCAUUUCCAAGCCAGAUCUGAUCACCUUACUAGAGCAGGAGAAAGAGCCCUGGAUGGCUGUGAAGGAAGAAACAGACAGGCUGAGCCCAGAUUUGGAGUCAUGUUUUGAAACUGAAAAUAUGUCUCCAGAAAAUCAAACUUAUGAUAUAAAUUUAUUCAAACAGAGAAUAAAUCAAUUCAGUAAAACUUUUGACCUGAAGGGUUGCAGUUUUACUAAUGGCCCCAACUAUAAUACAUUCAAAGGACUACCGAGUUCUCAAGAAGGAGAUGUUGGUCAACAGAUUACUAACAAGGAAGAAAUGCGUGCUUUUACCAGCCAGACUCUUGCUCACAACAUAGAAAAGGCAUAUGAAUGUAAAGAGUGUGGGAAGUACUUUGGUUGUAGGUCAACACUUAUUCAGCAUCAGAGUAUUCAUACUGGAGAAAAACCCUAUAAAUGUAAGGAGUGUGGGAAGGCCUUCAGACUCCCCCAUCAGCUGACAAGACAUCAGAAGUCUCACAGUGCUGAGAGACCUUUCAAAUGUAAUGAAUGUGGAAAGGCUUUUCACCUUCCUGACCUGCUCAAGUACCAUAAAAUCAUUCAUACAGGUGAAAAACCUUUUGAAUGUGAAGAAUGUGGGAAGUCCUUCAAGCGUUUCUUCCACCUUGUUGAACAUAGAACUAUUCACGCUGGUGUGAAACCCUAUGAAUGUAGUGAGUGUGGGAAAGCCUUUAAACGUCGCUCAUACCUUAUGCAACAUCAGAAAAUUCAUUCUGGUGAGAGACCCUUCCAGUGUAAGGACUGUGGAAAGACCUUCAUUGUUCUGUCACAGCUCACUCGGCACCAGAACAUUCACACUGAAGACAAGUCAUUUGAAUGUAAGCAUUGUGGGAAGAUAUUCAGCUGUGGCUCAUUCCUCUUGCGACACCAGAGUAUUCAUACCAGUGAGAAACCCUUUGAAUGUAAUGUAUGUGGCAAGGCUUUUCAGCUUCAGAUAUACCUUUCUGAGCAUCAGAAAACUCAUACUGAUGAGAAACCUUUCAAGUGUAAGCUGUGUGGGUCAGCCUUCAGACGUAAGGACCAACUUAAUGAACAUCAGAAAAUUCAUACUGAUGAAAAACCCUAUCAGUGCAAGGAAUGUGGAAAAUUAUUUCGCCGAAAAUCAAGUUUUACUGAACAUCAGAGUAUUCACAGUGAAAAGAAGCCUUUCAACUGUAAGGAUUGUGGGAAGGUCUUUAGACUUAAUAUACAUCUCAUGAGACAUCAGAAAUCUCACAAUGGUAAGAGACCUUUUGAGUGCAAAGAAUGCGGAAAGGCUUUUCAUCUUCCCAGCCAGCUUAAUUACCAUAAAGCUGUUCAUACAAAUCAAAAACCAUUUGCUUGUGAAGAAUGUGGGAAGUCCUUCAAGCAUGUCUCCAGCCUUGCUGAACAUAGGGUUAUUCAUGCUGCUGUGAAACCAUUUGAAUGUAAUGAGUGUGGGAGAGCCUUUAAUCAUCGCUCAAACCUCAAGCAACAUCAGAAAAUUCAUUCCGGUGAGAGACCCUUUCAGUGUAAGGACUGUGGGAAGGCCUUCACUGUUCUGGCACAGCUCACACGGCACCAGACUAUUCAUACUGGAGAGAAAUCAUUUGAGUGUGAGCAGUGUGGAUCCACUUUCCGACUUAAGUCCCAACUCAAUCAACAUCAGAGAAUUCAUACCGAUGUGAAACCAUUUCAGUGCAAAGAAUGUGGAAAGGGAUUUGUUCGUGGUACAGCUCUUAGAAUUCAUCAGAGAAUCCACACUGGUGAGAAACCGUUUCAAUGUAACAAAUGUGGGGAAGCUUUUCGAUAUCAUUACCAGUUUCUUGGACAUUUUAGGACUCAUACUGGCAAGAAUCUUUCUGAAUGUAAAGAAUUGUGGCGGAGACCUUAAAGUACGUCAAAGAAUUCACACUGGUGAGAAACCUUACAAACGUUAAGUCUUGACAAAUGUUAAGGCAAAAAAAAUCAAGCUUGGUUUGACAUGCCUAAAUUAGUAAGAAUCCUUACGAUGUAAGAUGUGGAAAGGCCUUUAGCAAUAUUGCUAAGCUAGCUGUAUAUCAGGGGAUUCAUUCUGGUGAGAAACUGUGAAUGUAAGAAGUGUAAGAAAAUGUUUAGAUUUAGUUCAGCCUUCAGUGCACAUUGGAGAGUUCUAAAGUGGAAAUUUCUGGUUUCUUUGGAGACUCAGUUGUGUCAUGUGAUAAUUGUUCUGAAAACUGUCUUAUGAGAGGAUGUUUUGCUGAGAACAGACACAUGGUGUUUUUCUGGAAGCUGCCUGGUGAAAGGACUUGUGAUGUUUUGCUGGAGAGGAUAUGUGAUGUUUGGAAAGAGUAUAAGUAUAACCCAACAGACAGUUGAUGCUGCUCUGGCAUUGGUUCACCUUGCCACUCUUUGCUGGUCUUCGUUGGGCCUUGCUGAUGCUGAUGUUCACUGAUGAUGCUGUGACAUUGGUUCACCUUGCCUUCUUCAAUGAUCAUUGCUUGUCGUGACUUUGUAGAGAGAAAUGCACCAAAGAACUCAUGAUAUUCCAGUGGCUUCUUGCCACUUCUGAGGACUUAGACUGAUUGGCAGAGCCUUGUAUUUUCUUCUGGAUAGAACUGCCGAUGCUGAUUCCUGAAGGUGUUUCCGAGUGGAUAGGGCUACUGCUGCUGAUUCAUGUGGACUGAACUGCUGAUACCCUGACAAUGAAAAUUGUAAUCACCCCAAAGAACUAUUUAUAAACAGGUCCACAUCUGUCUUUGCCCUAUGAAUCCUUCCUAUUCACUACCUCUGGUGGCUGUUGGACUAGAAGGGAGAGUGAAGUGUUUAAAAACCCUUAUUAAAACAGGUUUUGAAAACUCUAA